AUGAUUCCCAGCAUCAGACAGAGGACUUGGUACAUUCUCAAACGUUUCGCCAGCAUCGUAGUCGGCAUCAUCAGUCAGUUUUGCCAUUCUCCGCACCAGCUGCAAACUCGUCAAAGAGACAAGGGAAGUCAAUCCCUCGACAACCGUUCUGCCGAAAACGGUUACACUAUCACUUCUCCUUCUGUACCGGCCUAUCUAUCUACUCUUUUCGGCAGAACGUUUGUCGAGGGAUUGACUUCAUUUGUCUCUUUAACGAGCUUGCAGCUAGUGCGGAGAAUGGCAAAACUGACUGAUGAUGCCGACUACGAUGCUGGCGAAACGUUUGAGAAUGUACCAAGUCCUCUGUCUGAUGCUGGGAAUCAUGACAACUACUAUGGCAGACGACUUCGUUCUACAUAG